AUGCCAAAAGCCUUUAGUGGUCCCUCUGGGAGCCUGUUCAAGGCUGUUCCUGACACGCUCUCAGUCCUGGAGGGCUUGGAUUUAGAUGCCAUCUUUGUGGACGUGAACGAGGCGAAUUGGGCACUUCGUUUCAAUCACUCCUUCGUCAUUGACACCCGAGAGCGAGCCGAUGGAGGAGAAGUCUACCCCUUGCAGUUGGCCUUGGGCAAAGCGAGUGCACCAUCCAGGGAUUUGCCCCAGAAGCUUCGAGAUAAGCAGAGCUACAUGCGAGACCAGAGGUUCCAGAAGCUGGAUUUGGAGCGCCUCUAUGGACGGCCUCUGGAAUACUUGCGCUGUGACCCCAAAGUUCCGCCGCAAGCGGAUGGCGAGCGCUGCGCUCCCUUCAAAGGGGACCGGUGCUUGGCUCACGUGGAGCUUUCUUCUCUUGAGGAGCUUCACUUCACCCCGAGACCUCUAAAGUUGGUCUUGGGUGUGAUGGCCAUGACCAGCCAGGAGGAGAUACAAGAUGCGCAUCGUGCCACUUGGAUGAAGAAACCUGGUGUGUGCCCGGUGCAGCAGUACCAAGACGUGAGGACUUUGGCCAAUGACUCGGUACGGCUGGAGUCUGUCCCGGAGCCACCCGCGAAGUGGGAUGGCUUCAAGGACAGCAAGGGCACUGAGUUUCGGUUCUGGGGCACGAAUGGCCAGUCCUUUACGGCAGGUGUCUUUGGCGAGUUCUAUGCCCUUAGCUCUAGCUUGCUGGAAUGCUUCCUUAAAGAAGAUGCCAAGAAGGUCGCAAGGAGCGGCUUGAUCCACGGGCACAAGACUACUUGGGGAAGCGAGUGGUGGAAGUAUGCGGAGGAUCAAGUGCUUCGAACAACGCUCUUUUACGCGGAGGAGUCGCCAGCGGAAAGAGCGAACUUGGCAACCUGGAUCACCAGUGUGCCUCGAGUGCAGACUGGCUGGAUUCCUAUGGGCGGCACGCGUGCUUCGCCGCCAAACAUGGCGACGUUGGUUUAUCUCAUGGACGAGUACAUGGGCGAGCCCUUUGAGCGCACUGCAAUCAACUGCAUACCUUUCGAUCGCAUGCUGUUAGUUGGUGAUGAGCAUCAAUAUCCGCGCUGGAAAGCGGGAGAGCGCAGAGGGGCUUUAGCGCGGCCGCUGCAGCAGCGCGUCAACAUGGAGUGGGCGGUGGCUGAGUGCCAAUCCAGUGCAACCCAUCGAACCUUUGUGGUGCCAAUGCUUUUGUUCCGCUUGAGCAAUUGGACGGUGGAUGGUCAGAAUCAGAACAUCCAUUGUAAGCAAGUGUGGGUGGCAGUGGCGAUGGUGGUGGCUGUGGAAAUUUUGGCCGCUGCUAAGAAGGGAGUGUCGCCUAGCAUUGGCAUUGGUGGCUUUUUGCUGGCUCCAUUGAAUGCAUUGGAGGCAUUUUUGAAAAGAAAGCUGCAGAUCUUCGUGGGAGCAUUUGCGCCGUGGUUUGGUAUUGUUGGUGAGCGCCGUGAUGCGCUGUUAGCUUCAGAUUUGAUGCAAGGCGUGUCCAUGCGAGGGCCCUUUGCUGCAGCUGGCUUCGAAGCGGAAACCUACAUUGUGACCCAAAAGUACGUGUUUUCGUUGGAAUCUCGCGCCGAUGCUUUGUCCUUCCUUCCGGAGAAGCCGACAAGCAAAUCCACGGAAGGGCCGGCUUCGGAAGCCGGUGCUACUCAGAACGAGAUGCCGCAGUCGAUUUCACCUUCUACGGGCAGUAUUGGUCAUCCAGAAUUCUGUCGAAAGCCUUGCAUCCUCUUCAAGCAUGGUCAUUGUUACAAAGGUGCGAAUUGCGAAUAUUGCCACUGCAACCACACCGGGUAUGUCAAGUUGGACAAAUAUCAGCGUGAAACGCUCCAAGCUCUUUCGCAGGCAAAUUUGCUGGGUUUUUUGCUACCUCACCUUCGAGAGCGUGCAACGAAAAUGGAUGAUCCCAAUGCUGCUGAAGAGGUGCUUGGGCUGAUGGAGCAGCACCUCGCCCAGAUGCCAAGCGAGAGGAACAACUGGAUUUCUUUCUGGAAGUUGGCCAAAUUGAAUCGAGUGUUGAGCCAGAUGAGUUUUCUCCGCUUGGUCAACCUUUGCCCUUGUCGCACGCUGCCACGCAUCCAAUAUGCUAUUGAAGUGCUGCAACAGCGGUCGCUGCGUUCGAUCCAUUUGAUCGGUCAGCUCCGGAAGCGCAAACUGGCGCCUUGGCUUCUGUGGAUCGGUGCAGACGCGUCCUUCGUGGAUUUCGGCGAGGACGUGCUGCGCAGGACUCUCACAGAGUACGCAGCCGAGCAGGUUCAGGUGCUCAUCAGCCGCGAUCCCCAUGGCCGGGCUGGGAACUCCCUGUCCCUCUUCAACGCGGACGUGAUUUUGAUCCGGAGGUCAUCUUGGAGCUCUCAGUUCCUGCAACGUUGGUGGGAUGAUCCUCGCAUGAAGGAGGGGUGGACAGACCAGGAGGUGUUGGAACUUCUCUACAAAGAGGACGUUAUGGGAGCACAAGCAGCUUUUGUGCUCUUGCCUCCUGGCACGCUGAACUCCGACUCCAGAAGCAUCAUUGCAGCUGUGCCUAAGCAGCAGCCGGUGGUGCACUUGGGAGGCCACGGCGACACGGUUCGCUUGGAGGUCUUCCGCAGGGCUCUGGAGCUUCUGUGCGAGGAUCAAUUGGACCGCAAUUCCUUGCAGCUCCAAGAUACCUACUUGGACUCCUUGAGAAGGGUCACUACCCAACCUGAGGGCACCAGCUCGGGACACCUGCAUUCCAGUGUGAGCGCGGGGCAUUUUCAACGGCUGGCGUGGCACCUAGAGGUCAAGGGGCGUGUUCAGGAGGCCUUGGCAGUGCAGGAGGCCGCGCUGCAGCAUGCAAAGCGUAGCUUUGGAAGCUCGGAUCCACAGACCCUCCUGGCCGAAGUGGCGCUGGGAACCAGCCUCCGGGUGGCUGGCCGAGGCUCGGAGGCGGCGCAGCUGUUGGCGAAGAGCUGCAAGAAGCUACCGGCACGCGACAAGUUCACCUGUGUGAACAAUCUGGCAUUGGCUUUGGGCAGCAUUGGCCGACAUCAGGAAGCUGAGGUGCACUUCCACAAGGCGCAUCGUGGGAUCGUCAAGGUCUUGGGUCACGAUAGCUUGGCUGCAGCGAACGUGGCCGUGAACUUGGCCAGCAGCAUGGCGCAACGCCAGGCGCAUAGGGAGGCAGAGCCUUUCUAUCGCAGCGCCUGGUCUACCCGCAACGCCUCGCUGGGUGCAACUCAUCCAGAGACCCUCGAAGUUCAGGGCUUCUUGGCUGCAUCUCUGUUGGCCUCGGGACGUCCACGCGAAGCAGAGCAGGUGCAGCGACAGGCCUUGCCUACUGGAGCAAGUCCAGAGGUCUUGGCACAGGCGCACAGCACCUUGGGCCAAGCGCUACGGCUACAGGGAAAGGUCUCUGAAGCGUUGGAGCAUUUCCGUGUGGCCUACGAGACUUUCCAAUCACCUCCUGAAGGCAAUCGCAACCCCAACAUGUUUGCUGCUGCAAGCAACCUAGCGUCUGUAUUGCAAGAUCUGGGUCGGUUGGACGAGGCGGCUCCUCUCUAUGAGCUCGCAGUGCUUGGUCUAGAAGAGACCUUGGGGGUUGACCACCAGAACAGCCAGGGAGCACGCCAGAACUACGAGAAGUUCAGAGAGAUGAGUUCUACCAAGCGACAAGAAAAAAUGCGUGUGAGCCACGUCAGUUGUUGCUUUGACCAGUUGCCGAAGAAAGUUUAUUCUUGCAAAUCAAUAUAUCUAUGGUAG